CCCGCCUCCAGCCGCUGGGACGUCACGCGUCGACCGGAGUGGGUGGGCUCGUGGCCCGCACUGCCUCACGGGACGGAGGCGAGCUGCCUUCAGUCUUUUCCCUGUGCGCUGGGCCGUAGCACGCGGGCUGGAGGUCCCUGCUUGUAGCCACCAACAUGGCGGACAGCAACGUGGUCGGCGUGGCCAAGAAGCACAAGAAAAAGAAGGAGCGCAAAGUCCUGGGAGACGCGGCUGUGGCGGAGCUCCAGCACGAAGGGGAAUUCUUCAUCAAGCCCGAGUCCAAAGUAGUUCAGUUGGACACGUCUCAGUGGCCCUUGCUGCUGAAGAACUUUGACAAGCUGAACGUAAGGACCACCCACUAUACUCCCCUCCCUUCCGGAUCGAACCCUCUCAAGAGAGAGAUCACGGACUACAUCAGGACAGGUUUCAUUAACCUUGACAAACCCUCCAAUCCCUCUUCCCAUGAGGUAGUUGCAUGGAUCCGGCGAAUACUCCGGGUUGAGAAGACGGGCCACAGUGGUACUUUGGAUCCGAAGGUGACUGGCUGUUUAAUUGUGUGUAUAGAACGAGCUACCCGCUUGGUCAAAUCUCAGCAGAGUGCAGGCAAAGAGUAUGUGGGAGUUAUCCGACUGCACAAUGCUAUUGAAAGUGAGGUUCAGCUUUCCAGGGCUCUGGAAACUUUGACAGGAGCUCUGUUCCAGCGACCACCUCUCAUUGCUGCUGUCAAGCGGCAGCUCCGAGUGCGAACUAUCUAUGAGAGCAAGAUGUUGGAGUACGACCCAGAAAAAAGAUUAGGUAUCUUCUGGGUGAGCUGUGAGGCUGGAACAUACAUUCGCACAUUAUGCGUCCACGUGGGGCUGUUACUGGGAGUUGGAGGCCAAAUGCAGGAGCUCCGUCGGAUCCGCUCUGGAGUCAUGGGGGAGAAGGACCACAUGGUGACCAUGCACGAUGUAUUGGACGCCCAGUGGCAAUAUGACAAUUACAAGGAUGAGGGCUAUCUGCGGCGGGUCAUUUAUCCUCUUGAGAAGCUGUUAACAUCCCACAAGCGGUUGGUCAUGAAGGACAGUGCGGUCAAUGCCAUCUGCUAUGGAGCAAAGAUCAUGCUUCCUGGGGUUCUGCGCUAUGAGGACGGCAUUGAAGUCAAUCAAGAAGUUGUAGUCAUCACGACCAAAGGGGAAGCCAUUUGUGUGGCCAUUGCCUUGAUGACGACCGCAGUGAUCUCUACCUGUGACCAUGGUAUCGUGGCCAAGAUUAAGAGAGUUAUCAUGGAGAGAGACACUUACCCUCGGAAGUGGGGUCUGGGCCCAAAGGCAAGUCAAAAGAAGAUGAUGAUCAAGCAGGGUCUUCUGGACAAGCAUGGAAAGCCCAACGACAGCACGCCUACAGCCUGGAAGGACGACUAUAUUGACUACAGUGUCACCGUGAAGACGGAGCCUGUCUCGGUCCCAGUGGUGCCCAUGAAGACCGAAAAGACCAGGAAGAGGAAACUCGAAGAGGAAGACGAAGGCCAGGGCAGCGAUUACAGCGAUUACGGGGAUUAUGGUGGCGAGAAUGGUGAUGAGGAGGAGGAAAGCAGCCAGGAGGAAGAGGAGGAGCAAGAUGACAGUGAGGAGGAGGUGGAAGAAAAAAUGGAGAGUGAGGAGGAAGAGGGGGAAAUUGCGCCAGGUGGCCAGGAGGAGGAGGAGGAGGAAGACAGUAAAGCAUUUAUUGUUCCUCAACUGGAAGUCAGCAAAAAAGGCAAGAAGAAGAAGAACAAGAAAGAGAAGAAGAUCAAGGUCAAGGUUGAGAGUCCGAGCGGCAGAUCCGUGGAUUCGGGCACUGACAGCUCCAAGAAGAAGAAGAAGAAGAAGAAAGCCAGACUAAUGGCCGAGGACUCGGAGUAGUGAGAGGAGCUGGGCUGGCCGGGGGAGACCAAGAGGAAAAAAGGCGACUGCAGUGGUUUGGGAAAGGACAGUGCGCCUGAGGGAGGGGCCCUUGGCUCGCCAUUGACCCUGCUAUUCUGGGGGGUGGGGGGGCCAUCCUAUCUUGUCCUGUUUUAAGGAUAUUUGCGGGGGCGUGGGUCAGGAACAGAUGCCCGCCCGCCCGCCGCCGGAGUAGCAGAAUGUGGAUGUACCAUAGCUUGCUUACUACGGCAGAGCAGCUGGCCGCGGCCGAGCAAGUGCUGUUCUUUUUAAUCGUCAUAAAAUGAGGGCAUUUCGGUGGGUCUCUUCUCCCUCCCUCUGCUGAAAACCAUUCGAUGUUCACACAGGACAGAAAGAAGCCUCUGUUGCUUGGGGGAUGGGCAGCUUCCCCCUGCCCCCACCUUAGAGGGGGCUCUUGGGCUUGUGGGGCUUCCUGUUGCAGUGUUUGUUUGCAGCCACCUUAGGCCCAGGUCCCUGGGAGCUGCCCCCCCUCACACACACACCUGCUCCUGGUGCCCGCCCUUCUGGGAAGGAAGAAACAGUUCGUGCCCGCUGUCUUGUGGGAGAGGAGAAGUUGUAAUUUUUAUUUGCUUUUUAUUAAAAAGAAUAAAGUACAAGGAUUAGUUUUUAA